AUGAACUCCGGGAAGACCCCAGAAGAUUUAAGCUUCCAUUGGUUGAGAAGAACCCUAUUAGGGUUACAUUGUACAGGAGAAUGUAAUUGUGGUGGGAUACAAUCAUACCACACUCAAGAGGUAUCUUUUUCUGUGGGAGAAAAACCUUUUUUUGACUCAAAAAUUCUAUUCAAAAAAAAAAGCUCAGUGAUGAAGUUUAUGAAACUUGGUUCUCGACCUGAUACUUUCUACAAUGCAAAUGGUGUGAGGUCAAUCUCUUCAGAAGUUCGUAGCGAUCUUGUUGUCCACGUGAAUGAAACACGAUAUUUGCUUCACAAGUUUCCACUUCUGUCAAAAUGCGUGAAGUUGCAGAGACUCUGUUCUGAGAACCCUGAAUCCUCUCACCUUCAUAUAACCCAACUCCAUGAUUUCCCAGGAGGCAGCAAGGCUUUCGAGUUAUGCGCAAAAUUCUGCUAUGGAAUCACAAUCACCAUCAGUGCGUACAACAUUGUAUCUGCUCUAUGUGCAGCCAAAUACCUUCAAAUGACCGAAGAUGUUGAAAAGGGGAAUCUAGUUCAUAAGCUUGAAGUAUUCUUCAACUCUUGUAUUCUGAAUGGCUGGAAAGAUUGCAUCGUAACUCUUCAAACCACAAAGCCAUUCAAGUUACAGUCGGAGGAAUUGGGUAUUACAACCCGCUGUAUCGAAUCCGUGGUGUCAAAAGUCAUUUCUAACCCUUCCAAGGUGAGCUUAUCACAUAGUCAAAACGGGGACAGAGAAGUCAUUGAUACAAACAAAAAGUGGUGGGGUGAGGAUAUUUCAGAGUUGAGGAUCGAUCUUUAUUGGAGAACAAUGGCAGCUCUCAAAUCCGGAGGGAAAGUGCCUGCAAAUCUUAUAAGUGAUGCUUUGAAAAUUUACACUUCAAAAUGGCUGCCAAAAAUUUCAAGAAAUCUUAAAAUCGUGUCAAGUUCGAAUGGUGAAUCGGAAUUGGAAUCCUCGAAAGCAAAUACUAGUAGAUUGCUCUUGGAAUCGAUAAUUACUUUACUCCCGAUGGAAACCAAUUCCGUUUCUUGUAGCUUUUUGCUCAAACUAUUAAAAGCAGCCAAUGUGCUUCAAGCUUCGGCUUCUUCAAGAUUGGAAUUAGCAAGAAGGGUUGCACUGCAAUUAGAUGAAGCUAAAGUUUGUGAUUUGAUGAUUCCCUCUAUAUCCAACGAUAGUGAUACGAUAUACGAUCUUGACAUAGUUUUGAACAUUUUGGAGCAGUUUAUGUUACAAAAGCAAAGUCAAAAGACAAGUUCUCUAAGAACAAAUGGCGAUCGUGAGUGCCAGGAAAGCAGCCUAUCUUCUUCUUCAACGAUAAAUGGUUCCAUGGUCAAAGUCGCAAAGCUUGUAGAUGGAUAUUUACAAGAGAUUUCUAGAGAUGUGAACGUGUCAUUGUCGAAGUUCAUUUCUUUGGGUGAAUCGAUUCCUGAACUCGCUAGACUGAAUCAUGACGAUCUUUACAGAGCCAUUGACGUGUAUCUCAAGUCGCACCCAGACCUCACCAAGAGUGAAAGGAAGCAUCUUUGUCGAACACUGGAUUGCAAAAAGCUAUCUUUUGAAGCAUGCAUGCAUGCAGCACAAAAUGAGUUUCUACCAUUACGGGUGGUAGUACAGGUGCUAUUCUUUGAACAUGCACGUGCUGCCAUGGCUAAUGGGCACCUGACCGGGCUGCCCGGGAACAUCAAGGCACUGUUAGCUGCUAAAGGCAAUGGAACAAGCCCACAUGGUUCAGAAACCGUAAGCACGAACAUGAGCACACCUCAAGGAGAUCACGAGCAGUGGGUCAAGCCAACAAAGUCAAGGAUGAAACUAGCAGUAGAUGAAAAUCCUGAUGAUGGUUCUUCAAAGGUGAAACAGAGUUCAUGUUUGGUUCCUAGACGGAGGAUGUUUAGUAGGUUGUGGUUGAUGAAUCGUAGUGAAAUCGAAAACAAAAGCAAAGCUGAAAAAGUUGUAAACUGUGAAUAGGAGAUUCGACUUGCAUUGGUCUUUUGUGGCUUACUAAACGUUUUGAUGCAUUAUAUUAAAGUGUAUUCGAUGAAUAUAUAUACAAAAUGAUCUUGCAAUAUGAAUGAGAAUAA